AUGAUCCACAGCAUCUGGUCCAGCGACGAGCACCAACCCGAACGCACAUUCCCCCACCACAUUCCCGGCGAAAUCAGUUCAAGGGAAGGUAAGAUUGAAGGCAUCACCAUCGAUACCAUGUACGACACCGACUGUCAUGGAGACGAUGGAGAUGCCCACGUCUACUUCACCAUCGCAUACACCAACGGCACGCUCGCCUACGACCCGCGCGGCCGACCCGGCCUCUUCUCCUUCACAACCCCCUGGUAUAUCUCAUACCCAAAAACACUGCGGAAAGCCAUCUUCAACGACGCAACCCCGUAUCGCUCCAAACAGAAGUCCGAGGACUGCAAGCAUGGCCACUGCUUCAGUGAGGUGCUGCCGGGGUUAUUGUAUAACAACGAGCCUGUCAAGUUGAAGCGCGUCAAGAAUCCGAAGACGCUGAGACCGUUCACUUCGGAUCGGGACUACUUUGCGCUUGGCGAGUGUCACUAUGACGACAGCCUACUCGAUAUCUGGAGAAUGGGUGUGUAUCUUGGUCGUAUCGGAUACUACAUUCACGGCGCUAACAUACCGCCUGCUGUUAUCGACUAUGUGGAGGACAGAGUACGAACGACGUAUCCGACGCUGGAAAUUUGCCUGAUACUCUGGGGAACACUUGGUGCUAUUCCGACUCUCAUAUUCGUCAUCGUUCUCUUGGUCUGGUUAGUGAAGAUAACAAUUUGGCUAGAAUAUGAUGGGCCAAAAAGGAUGUGGGCUUCUGCUCAACGUAGCCGUGAGGCUAUGUGGGAAGCGAUCAUCAUGGCGCCGGGUAAGGGAUGGGAUGCGGUGAAAGGACGUUGGAAGAGGGGGUUCAGGCGCCAAAGGAGUGUAGUCGCGCCACCGAACACGGUGCAGUCGACGGGGGAUGAGCAGCUGCCGACUUACGAACUUCCCGAGUGGACACCUUCGGAACUUGCAAGGCCGCCGAGUUAUCGUACGUAUGAUGGUGCUUGUGAUGGGUUUAAUGCUGUUUGA